CGCCGAAGCAGCCAGGCCGCGCGUUCGUUAACCUACAACACACGUGAACUCGUGAUCUCGGCAUCGUCGCUAUUGCUGCUGUUGCAUUGCACAUGGAGGUGGGGAGGGAGGUGAUGUGGGGCUGGCGGACAUGGUGACCCGUGCCGUGCGGAGGAGCCCCUGCGUGUAGCAAACAUCCUCACCACCAUCAUCCUCACCAUCAUCCUCAUCAUCAUCCUCACCACCACCACCAUCAUCCUCAUCCUCCCUGCUGCUGCUGCUGAGCCGUGUGCGUGGCACGGUGCGACGUGCAAGGCAGCAGCCCGCGGCUGUCUCUUCUCCAUCCUCUCCAUCGGCAGCAUCCGCAUCCAGCCGAGGAGGAAUCGACAGCGGAGGGGAGGGGGUGGGGGAGUGGAGGGUUCACACCACACGUCUCCACGCACGCGCCGCUCGAAAAGUGGACAUUGGAGGGCAGCUUAAAGUAUUCACACGUUGCUGAGUUUUCCUUCGGCAGUGACUCCUAAACAAACUAUUUCUUCCCCGACGCCACCGGCGAGCUCUGAAAGAAAGGCAAUGGAAGGCAGCGGUGCCGUGAGCGAGGCAUUCAGCUCAGACCUGGUUGUCUCGCUUGAGGCGGCACCGCAGGCCAUCGACGGAGGGCAUCGUCAUGAAGACAAAGUGGGUCAAGGGGACUUUGGUUCGCCUCUUCUGAUGAAGUCUCAAGACCUUCAAGAUGUGUUCGAGCUUGGGCUGGGCAGACGCUUUGACAGCUUUAUUUCGACAAAUGAAAACCCGUCGGAAUUUUUGGGCCUGGAUUUCGAUGGAUUUGCCGCCACCACAAAUCAACAAUCCGCAGAACUCUCGGUCGAGCAGUUGGCAAGCGGGAGAUACGACACCGACCUGUUGGGACUCGACCUCGAUAAUGUCAUGCCAAGCAAAAGCGCUUCGGGCCAAAACCCAGAAAACUUUUGGGGCCUCAUAUCCCAGAAGGAUUCGGACUCAAUGUUCGACCCAAAGGAUUCGGACUCAACGUUCAGUCCAAAGGAUUCGGACUCAACAUUCAGCCCAAAUGGCCCAGAUCCCUGGGUCAUGAGCACGAAUGCUAAUCUGUCUGCUGUGAACCUCGAGCAAGCAUCACAUGACCUCCUAGGUCUGAGCCUGAUUGAGUCCUCGGAGGUCGCCUCCGAUUUCUCCGACCUGGCUGCGACCAAACCCUCGCUUGGCCUGGAGUUUGACUUCCUCCCGCACGGCGAGGGCGUCACGGAUGCACCUUCCUUUCACGAGUUUGGCACAGGAGGCGGCCAGGCCAGGCCGGAGAACGCCAUUGAUUUGAGCGGGGAGGAGCUCACCGAAGUGAGCCAGCUGAGCGAGCUGACCAACACCGACUUGCCCGCCAUGUCUGCCUUCACCACGAGUGACGACUUGCUCUCGUCCAGCAGCCUGGGCCUGGACGACGAGUUGGACAUGGCACCCGGCAGCCCAGACCGCUCCGCCACCAGACCCCCAUCGGACUUGGGCUUUGACAUUCUCCCCCUUGACGGUGCCGCGGCGGAGGAAGGGAAGGCUCAUGCAGGCUUGGAGUUUGGUGAAAGCAACCGCAACAACAACAACAGCGGGGGCAGCACGGGAGAAGUUGAGCCCACAGAGGACAGCAGAGAUGCGAUCGCAUGCAGAGCAACGCCGGGCGACCCUCUGGGUCUAAGCAAUGAAGUGGUUAUGCAGAUGAACUUGGAUGAUGAGCCGAAGAACACAGGUCUGCACACAAAGCUCCUGGUCUCGGACGAUUUCUUUGAUGCGAUUCUCACCCAGUCCAGUCCCUUGCCAGGUAUAAAUUUAGUGAGUAUGCUGCCUGAGGAAGGCGAUGUAGAGGAGUUUCCUUUUCCCGACAUGGAGUGGAAGAAUGAUGAUCGCCUUGUGGAAAUACCCAGUUUGGAAGAGAGCAGUGGAUAUGAAAUCAUUGACGGAGACAAGUUGGAGUGUGUCGGGAACGAGCUGAUGAACGACAGCUUUGCCACACAGUCUGCAGCCUCUGUCGUGAGUGACGAUGUGCCCAUGGGGAGUGACCUGGACCUGGACGCGUCUUCCGAUGGACCGCUCGUUGAACCCAGCCCCUUCUGGGUUCUGGGUUUUGACGGUGGCCUGCACGGUGGGGGAGCCAUGCAGAAGCCGCCAUCUGCCGAUGCCGAGCAGCCGGAGGCAAGCGCCGUUCUUCCAGCAGCUGACACAGAGGGCGGUGGCGGCGGCGAGGGGAUCGCGGGCAGAGCCGGCUGGGAUGAGGCUCCGUUUCCAAGUUUAGCACCCGCGGGGGAAGCGAACGUGAAUGACGGCGAGGAUGACGAUGAGGAGUCCGUUGCCGCCGCCGCCACUACUGUCGAUGCAGCGAGUGGCAACUGGCCCCUGCAGAGCGACGCGGACUGGGACGAGUCUCCUCACGCGAACCCUCUCGAUGGCGGCGCAUCAUUCAGCGUGGACCGCGAUGCAGCCCCUCGCAAUGACGACGUGCCCGAGGGUACACCGCCUCCUCCCAAUGCUGACGACGUAGAAGCGGCUGAGGAGGAGGUGGAGGAGGGAGACGAUGACGUAGCUGGCUCUCGUUCCACUGCAGAUUUGAGCAGAGGGAAGGCGCCAAACGAGAGCGUGAAUUGCGAACUGACAAUCGCAGGAGGGGCACCGUGGGAAUCCACCGACGCCACAAGCGAUGGCGCCUCUUUGCUCACGAGCGGCUUUGGCCCGGAGUUUUCCGACGUGACGCCCGCCACACCCGGCUGGUCAUUCAGCUCGGAUACUGACGACACACCCUCGCCGGGGCAACUGACUCCCAUCGAGGAGGACGAUGGUGAUGACGAGGAGGAGGAGACCGUAGAAACGGAGGAUGGUGAUGGCAGCGUCAUGGACAUAGCCCGGUCGCGUCACGCCCUGGGCGAGAGCGGAGAGGCGUCAACGGAGGGGAAUGCUAACGGAGGGCCCUUGCACGGCGGGCCGGCAACAGGACCCCUCGCUGCUGAGGUCGAGGCGUUGUCCAGCGUCGUCGAGCCAGACAGAGCCACGGGCGCGACACCCGGCCGGUGCAGGGAGUCUCCCAACACGGACAUCGCCCCUUGUGAUGCAGAGUCAGCAGAGCUGCUGCCCCUUCCUCGAGAGGACGACCGUACCUCGCAGGAGUUGUCCUUUCCCAUCGAGGAGUUGGUGGUGGAGGCGGUGGAGGAGGUGGAGGAGGUGGAUGAGGUGGAGGAGGUGGAGGAGGUGGAAGAAGAGGAGGAUCAGAAGAACAAUGGUAAUGAAGUCGCGCAAGCGUCUGUCUCGGAGGAGGAGACAGUCAGUCGUAGUGACAAUGUGGCCGAGCGCGGGGAUCUCGCAUGGACGUCGCCAAACGGCGCGGGCCCUCGAGCCGGCUCCAUGGAGGCGAGGCCGCUGGGUGUACUCCUGUCGAGUGGCCCGGCAGACCCGGAGCCACCCUUUCCUGGCUCUGAGGAGGCGGAGGAGGAUGAGGAGGGGGACGACGAGGAGGGGGAGGAUGACGUUGCGGAAGCGGACGGCUCUGAGGAGGCAUCAGACGCAAGCGGCGAGGGCCUUGCGUGUGCAACGGAGACCGGUGCCACGUCGAGCCCUGAGCCGGCGAAGGCGGCUGGCGACGACACCGCGCUGUCAUCCAGCGGCCUGGGCGAGCUGGAGCUGCCCUCGCUCGGCGCCAUCUCCCCCGUGGCGGCCGGCAGUACGUCCGGGGUGAGCAGUGGCGAGGACCGGGAGAGCGGAUUCAGCAGCCCCUGCCUGCACGAGCGCUGGAAGGGCACCCCCCAGCGCUCCGUGUCCCACGCGGAGCCCAGCGAGGAGGAGCACUUUGAGGACUACGGCGAAGGCGACGAGAGCGACUUCGUGUCGGAGCCGCACAGCGAGCGCCAGGGCGGCGCCUUCCUGGACGCGCCUGCCGGCUCCGUGCCCACCAGCCCGUCGGAGCGCUCGCAGCGCCGCUGGCUGGGCCUCUUCCCGCCCAGCCCGGGCCUGGCACUCUACUGCAGCCAGUGCAGCCGCCGUGUGGACCUCCUGCGCCAGCUCGACGCACGCCUGCGCCACCUCGAGGCGCACAGCCCCAAUCGGAGGAUAUCUACGAAUGCGUUUGCCAGGCAGCUGCUGAACCACAGCUCGCUGAGCAGCGCGGCGGGCAGCACGGAGGACCUCUACACGGAGAGCCUGGACCUGGGCGGCCCCGACAUCGGGGAGAAGGUGAGCAUGCUGGAGAAGAAGGUGCUGGAGCUGGAGACUGACACGGUGGCCAACUGCGACCUGCAGAGCAAGCUCAAGCAGGAGAACCUGCACCUGGUGCACAGGAUCCACGAGCUGGAGGAGCAGCUCAAGGACACUGAGGUGCGCGGCGAGGAGCGGCUGGAGGAGGAUGCACGGCGCCACCGCGAGCAGACGACACGGCUCACUCGCGAGAAGAAUGCCCAGAUGGAGACGCUCGCCAACAGGCUGCUCCUGGUGGAGGAGGAAAACGAGGCGUUUCAGACCACAGUGCCACGACUCAAGACGCAGAUAGAGAAACUCGAAGAGGAGAAGACGCGUCUGGAGGAGCGUCUGGAGGACCUUGUGCUGCGCGUGAAGGACGAGAUGGACUUGAGCAAGAAGCUCUCGGACAAGAUGAAGCGCGACCGGCACGAGUUCCAGAAGGAGAGGGAAGCCACGCAGGAGUUGAUCGAGGACCUUCGGCGUGAGCUGGAGCACCUGCAGCUCUUCCGCCUGGAGAUGGAGCGUGGGGGGCGAGGGCGCAGCGCCUCCUCGGGCCUGCAGGAGUACAACACGCGCACGCGCGAGGCCGAGCUCGAACAGGAAGUGCGCAGGGUCAAGAUGGAAAACCGCAAGCUGAAGGAAUCUAACGAUGAGCUUAACGGGCAGAUCAUCAGCCUGAGCCUCCAGGAGGCCAAGAACCUCUUCUCGGCCGCCACCAAGUCUCAUUCGCUCGCCGCGGAGAUUGACUCGGCCUCACGGGACGAGCUGAUGGUCGCUUUCAAAGAGCUGGAGGACAUCAACGCGCACCUGCGACAAUACAUGGACAAGAUCAUCCUGGCCAUCCUGGACCACAACCCCUCCAUCCUGGAGAUUAAGUCGUAACCCAGCGGGGGCGGGCGGCAACCGCCAGGCACCCACGUGCCCCGGACGGAGCGAUGCCCGCGCAUGGGCCAGGGAUAGUUUUGAUUGCAGUGGCACUCACGAUCUCUUCUGCGAUCACGUAGGCGACUGCGGUGCAAUAAAUGUCGCCACCUAAAUUCACGAGAGCGGAGAGAAGGCGUAGUGUUUGUUUUGGUGCGACACUGCGGGUCGAGGCCUCCACAGUCGGGACGUGACUUUAUUCCCAGUGCUUUGGCCUCUCCGUAUGGGACCGCAAAUUCACAAAAUCUUUCCUGGAUUGUGCCAUCUGGACAUAUUGAAAAGACCGCUAUUAAAAAUGAAAAUAUAUUUGGUUCCGACAAAUGAUUAAUUUAUUAAAUUGAUUGUGGCUUGUUGGGUGUAAUAGAGGUGGGGGAGCACGUGAGCAUGAUUGUGCGUGGUUUUCUCAAAGAAAUAGUCAAAAAUGUGUUUACGUUUGCUGCAGGCGAUGGCUCGGCACGGUAAUGGGGGGCCUCGCGAGGUCAUAAUUCACUCCACGCCCACCGGCUGUUGCCGCAUCAUCAACCCGUUUUACAAAACCCCACUCCUGAAAUUAGAUUUUUAUUCGGCUUUUUAUCCCAUCUGUAACAACUCGGGCCAACGUUCACAAAUUCAGUGGAGCCGUAUCUCGUAAGGCACUUUAUUAUUUUGCACUCCCCCCCCCCCCCCCCCCCCCGUCAGUGUCUGUGAGAGAUCCCAGGCCACCCCUCUUGCUUUGCUGUUCGUCUUUGUUCCCCGGUUUCAGUAAAAAAACUUGGCUUCGUGCAGCUUUCACAGCUGCUGCGGUGAGAACUGGAGAUGGGGGACCUCGGCUUUAUUUAAAAUCAAUAUCGGCAGGGACAUGGGGCCUCUCUUCUCGUGGUAGCCCAUCUGCCUGCUCGUUACAGAGGUCCGCGGUUCGAAUCCAGCUCCCCCCCCCCCUCCUUGAUUAAUACUGCGGUGUGGUAUUAACUGUAAAAAUAUGCGCUGUCUGCUUCAUGGUGACCGUUAAAGAUCCCGUGAUGCCAUUCGAAUGAGUGGACCCAUCGUGUGCCGGCGGCGAGGGCCAAAUUUGCCAAAAAGUAAAAAAAAUAAAAAUACCCACAAAUUACGACUCGGUUGGAAUAAAUAUACGCGGCGAUCAUCGCACCAAACCGCAAAAAAAAAAUGAGCAGGACCCUCCUAAAAAGAGGCAAGUCUCAGUGAGGCUUUCCUGGGUUAAAUAAGCAUUGUAUGAAAGACAAUAAAUACAUGUCUGAUGUUGCCACCAUGCUGCCGUGAGACCCGCUAUUUUAAUUGGGCUUCGUUUUUUUGCAUUUGUCUCCAUGAAUGGCGCAGGACCGUCAGUGGCGCUGUUUUCAUGCGACGGAUAGAACAGCUUACGACUCCUUUUAAGGAGGGUCCUGCCAUUGGAAUAUUUGGCCAAUUCCACCAACGAGUGUUUGUUUGACUUGUGAUGAGAAACCGUGAGUACCCGGAGAAAAACCCCAUGCCUGCGAUUGAAUGACAUGGAAAUCUCCGCACAGAUGGAAUAAACCCACUUGCUGUACUGUGACACGACCCACCGACCCUCAUCUCCGAAGUGCUCUAUCGCGGGUGUGCGGUGCCUCUCGGCUCACGGUGCCUCUCGGCUCACGGUGCCUCUCGGCUCACUCCCUCACAGCCGACAGUGGGGCCCCCUCGUCCAGCUGGGCCGUCGCCUGUAGCAGCACAUCUGUUGUAAGCCACCGGCUUUGGCUCCAUUGCGACUCAAGGAGGCCACUGCUCCCUCGCCCCUGGGCAUUUUAAGGCUAGUGGGGUUGCACGUCACAUGCCUUCGUCGCGGCUCGGUGUAGGGAGCGCGGGAUCCUCUUUUACGGAGGAUGCCUGCAUUGACUUUGGAAACACGCAGUUGUCCUCAGCGUCUUGCAUGACCAGUGGUGGCGGCGAUGGUGGCAGCAGCAGCAUAAUUACUCUAUUUAGAUGACUGUAUAUUGUGGUGGUCUGUUGUGUAAAAUUCGGAUGGCGCUAAGUACCAGUGAUAUUCACUGCUAGGGCACUUUCUGCUUGGAGGGAAAAAAAUCCGACAAACUCCUGAAAAGAAAACGAGAAAUUUCGUUUAAAUGUACUGCUUUUUUUUUUACAAUCAUGUUUAAUAUUACUGUAAACAUUGCCACGGCCGGCUUCCAGAUCUCUCGAAACUUGAAUAAUUAACUUUCCAUCCACAUGGAGACAACCUCACAACUGCACGCAAUGCAACCGCGGAGCUCCUCGCUUUAUCGGUAAAUGUUGUGUCUGCUUGAUAUUGCACAAACAUAACUCUUCUCAUUCCAUAGCAGAGAGAUUGUGUUACCCACACUUUACCCCACCGCAAGGAACGUGCCAAUCGGUUGACUGGAGGGUACCUGGCAGCUGUCUCGGGGACAACUCCACUUGAGGUGCUGUCCUCGUUUAAAGGGGGUUGGUGUUCUGGGGGGAAAAACCCCGUGAUUAAAAACUUGAUAACCCACAUGCUGAUGGAGCCACAGUGUAUUUAACGAUUCCGUCACUCCCCCAUCCGCCUGAAUCUGCACUCUCAACAGAACCGUACUCUCUGGACAAAUGUACUUUCGUGGGUUUUCAAGCGGUUUUUUUCCUUCUCCAGGACACCCCUGAGUAGGUGGAAGUGCAUGUCACUGUCAGGUUGGGCGACCUCUCCCCGGGCUACGUGUGAACAGCUGACCGAUGUAGUCGCAACACAAAGCGUGCCCUUGAUCCCUAACAAGCUUUGUGCGAGUGCACCUGCCCUGCCUUGGAGUCACGGGUUGACCUUCAGAUGCGAGCACAUUCAUAAAAGGGAUGGUUGCUUUACGCGCUCCAAGGUGAGCUCUGGGUGGAGGUGCGUCGUUCUAAGGUGGCGGUAAUCUCCGAGACGCUCCCCUUGCCCAGGGGAAGAGGAGCGUUCACUGGAACGCCAUGGCAAGUCGAUGGGUUGAUCCUGCCUACGAUUUGAACUCGUACUAAUUGUAGGUAGGAGCAACGUUGCUUGAAUAAUGUGAGGUCAUUGGACCUUAAAGCAUAACAUAUAAGAAAAAACACUUGUCAAUUUUCCAAUCUGUAAAUUAUAUAUAUACUUAAAAUAUUUCGUCUAUUGUAUGAGCAUUGCACACGCGCACGCACAUUGUGUUCAAGAUACUUAUUACGUUAUGUUUAUGUUGCACAUUUGUGUAAAUGUUUGCUUCGAUUACCUGAGCCUAUUCAAAUGCGCAAUUAAGAUAUUUAUAAAGAAAAAAAUACAGAAAAUUUACAAAAAUAAUUUAGAAUAGCAAAAAUGUAGAGGCACAAUGUGAAAAAAAACUACUUUUUAUAAUGCCUUGCAUCAUCAGCUUCUGUUGAAUUCCAGUGCACUCGGUGAUCGCGAUUGUUAAUUUUGUACUGUGGUUUAAUUUAAAAUGUGCUUGUUAUCUUUGACAUAAAAUGUAAGUUAUAUCUCAAUAAUCCUCACCGUAAUAUAUGUCCAAGAGAAUCGCUAAUGACACGUGGAGUAUUAAUGUUAAGAGACUCGGUCUCAUUGCUCUAGGAUUAGUCGUUCUGUAGGACAAUAUCUGUGGACCUCCCACUGAGGUCCGCCGAUGUCUUUCGCCCCAGGCAGUGCUAUUUUAUCGACCCCAGAGAAACGACGACGAUGAUGAUUGGCGUGGGUCCGAGAUGAUCCUGGCUGAAAUUUCAACGUGAAAUUUCCAAGGAUGGGGGCGCCCUCCUGCUUCCGCUGGGCUCUGUCCCAGAUUCUUUAAAAAAAAAACAAAAUCAUUAAUCAACUGUGUGACCCAGGAAUAUGAAUUCCUGCACUCAUUGAAGCUUUCAGUCAAGAUUCAACAUUGUGCUGUUUUCGUCCGUGUUAAUUUGGCUAAGGGCAUCUCUUGAAGCACUUGUAAACCAUUCUCCGAGGCGUUUAUUGCACGUGCAGUCCGCUGUCGACGGCACACGGCCGAGACGGCCGGAGGUCUCGCGCGUGUGGGUGUGUGCGCGAUAAGACGGAAUGUCGUCUGUAUGUCCGUCGGCUCGAGAUUGUUGACAUCCUAUGUCGGGCGUGUUUCGCCCCCCACGUUCUCACGACUCGUUCUCACGAAGAAAGGCCUCGAUCACGUGCGCACACAAAUUGGCACAGGUCCAUAAGUUUUGAGGUGACAGUCAUCAAACCGCAAAGUUUCCCAUUUAUCAAAUAAACCGAGGCAUGUUUUGAAUCGCAUUGUAUUAUUAUUUUUUCACCGUAACCUUGCAGGGUAUUUGUGCUAAAGAUUGGAGUAUUUUAUUUAAAUAAUAUAUAUUUGAAAACAACACUACGAAUAACAACACUAUUUAAAUGUGUAAUUGGACAGCCAGUAACUAAUUUAGGUGACAUACAUUCAUACAACUUACACAUAUAUUUGGAAUGGCCUGCAUCGAACAAAAUCGUCCCAUCCUCAAAACUUGUCCCUGCCGCGAAAUUAAACUUCGUGCGAAGCGCACCGACUGUUGCCGGCACCGACUGCUGCCGGCACCGACUGCUGCCGGCACCGACUGCUGCCGGCACCGACUGCUGCCGGCACCGACUGAUAUUGGCACCGACUGUUGCCGGCACCGACUGCUGCCGGCACCGACUGAUGCCGGCACCGACUGAUAUCGGCACCGACUGUUGCCGGCACCGACUGCUGCCGGCACCGACUGCUGCCGGCACCGACUGAUAUUGGCACCGACUUGCCGGCACCGACUGCUGCCGGCACCGACUGAUGCCGGCACCGACUGAUAUCGGUACCGACUUGCCGGCACCGACUGCUGCCGGCACUGACUGUUGACUGUUGCCAGUUAAUUUUGCCAAUGGAAGUUGCGUCCCCACGUUAUUGAUAAUACGCACGAUGUCAAAAUAACUGCGUAGAUGUUUUUUUUCUUCUUCUCAUUCACAAAGGCAAGUGUGGUCAGAGGCGCGCGGCGUAACACCCAGACGAUGAACAAUAACUCCGAUAGCUGUCGAGGUGCGCUCACAACGUUGUGCAUCUUUUAGUUUUUCCAUUUUUAUUUAAAGAGGGGGGGGGGGGGUCACGUGAAUGCCGUUGCCUGUUGAAUCGCAAAUAAAUCAGUCGUGCCUA